UGCGUGGGUUGCGUGGGUGACUAUCCUAUCCUAUUAUAUCCUAUAUAUCAACCUACCGUUCUCAGAUAGUCACAACUCACAAGCGAAAGACAACGCAGGAAACCAACAGCUAAGUUGACCAGCAAAACAAUGGAGAACACCGCGGUGAUGAUGGACUUGCCGGAAGGCUGCGUAGCCAACGUGAUCGGGCUGACGACUCCUCGAGACGCGUGCAGGCUGUCGUUGAUUUCGACGGAUUUCAAGUCGGCCGCUGACUCCGACGCCGUUUGGGACAAGUUCCUUCCGCCUGAUACUAAUGAAAUCGUAUCCCACUCCGACUCUGAAAUCGACGCCAAAUCCAAGAAGGAGCUCUACUUCACUCUCUGUGAUCCCAUCCUCAUCGAUGAUGGCAAGAUGAGCUUUUCACUUGACAAAUGGAGUGGGAAGAAAUGCUAUAUGAUAGCUGCAAGGAACCUUAGGAUUGCUUGGGGUGAUACUCCACGAUAUUGGACAUGGGAAUCUCUGCCUGAGUCCAGGUUCAAGGAGGCGGCGAAGCUUCGUGUUGUAUGGUGGCUUGAUAUCCGUGGGAGAAUUGAAACGCGGAUGCUAUCCCCAUCGACGACAUAUAAAGCCUAUCUGGUGUACAAGUUAGCUGAAGACACUCAUGGACUACACCGGCCUGCUGUGGUCUCAGUUGGUACAAGAGCUUACGGGUUUGAUUAUGAUGAUGCUCGUUUGAUGGAACUAACUGCAGACAAUAAGGGGAAUGUGGUUCUGGCGCCCCAAAUAGCACUACAAAACAGGGAGUUGGAGAGGAUGCCCGAUCUCAGUGAAGCCAAAUUUCCAAACGAAGGGAGAGGGGAUGGGUGGCUGGAGAUGGAGCUGGGUGAGUUUCACUGUCAAGGAGACGAAGACGGCGAGUUGGAAAUGAUCUGUUGUGAGGUUAAGACUAAUAUGAGCAAGAGUGGUCUCCUUGUUCAAGGGAUUGAGGUCAGACCCGAAAGGGAGUAGAUCAUGGAGAUAUGUAUGGUAAUGAUCAUGGUUGGGUUUCCAGUUUUUAUACCUUCAUGGUCUUGCUCCGGUUGAUACAUGUAAUCAAAUUACAUAAUCUAAAUAAAUUGAGGGUUUGUGAAGCUAUAUUUGUAUGUUUGAAAUAUAUAUAAAGCUUGGUUAAAAGUGAGAGUAAAGCCAUCAGAGUUGUCAAUUUGUGAAUGCUCAUUAACUGCUGUAUCCGAAGCCAAAACAUUACUCGUGAAGUUUUUCCUGGAUAUGUGCUUUUAGCAUGUAGAUCUUAGCUUGUUUUUGCACUUUCUAUAUAUUUUCUUCUCUAGGUAUCGUCGUCCCAAAGCUCCCUCUUCUGAUAAUCGAAGCACCAUGCUUUGCUUUUUGA